GUUGAAGAUGGUACAGAAAAAUCAAACUUACGGAUGGAAAUUGAUCAACAAAGUCAAGGGUCUGAUUUUAGUGAAAGGGAUAAUGAAAUGGUUGAAGCAAAUGAUGACUCGCAAAAGGUUGAAAUUACACCUUUGCCAAUUUCUGGUGCUUGGAAAUGGGAAGAUGAACAAAAAACUGAUGUGCCCAGUAAUCAUAUUGAUGAUAACCGCAACAAUCAAUCCAAUAAUGAAAAAUUGGAUGAAUUGCCAGGUAAAAAAAAAAAGAAAAAAUCCAAAACAAUUGACGUUGUUGAUAAAACAGAAGAUUUGUUGAAGCAUAAACCUGAAGUCAAUGCGGAUUUUGAACGAUUGCUACUGGGUUCUCCUAAUUCUUCAUAUUUAUGGAUCAAUUACAUGGCUCAUCAACUCAAACUUUCCGAAAUAGAUAAGGCACGUGAAAUUGGUGAACGUGCUCUCAAAACUAUAAAUUAUAGAGAGGAGCAAGAAAAGAUGAAUAUAUGGGUUGCUCUUAUGAAUUUAGAGAAUAAUUUUGGAACAGAUGAAAGUCUCGGAGGUGUAUUGAAACGAGCAUUACAGGCUUGUGAUCAAAAGAAAAUAUAUAUGCUACUCGUGGAUAUUUAUGAGCGUUCAGACAAGAAAGAGGCCAUAACCAAAUUUGCACAAAUGGAAUUCAAAUAUGGAGAAGCUGAAAGGGGUCGUACGAUAUUCGAAGGAAUGAUGAGUAAUUAUCCCAAGAGAGUAGACUUGUGGUCUAUAUAUAUUGACAUGGAAAUAAAAGCUGGUGAUUUUGACAUAGUUCGGCGUCUGUUUAGAAGAAUUACUGAAAUGAAAUUUUCAUCAAAACAUAUGAAACUUUUCUUUAAAAAAUGGUUAGCAUUUGAAAAGGAACACGGUAAUGAAGAACAUGUAAACCAUGUUAAGGAAAUGGCACAAA